AGAAUUUACGAGGACACUCCAAAAAAGUUCAUAAGCCGAGAACAAAUUACUUGCCAGCUGACUAUCGACUUUCCCAUCGAAUCAUCAACGAGUGGAAUUCACUACCUCAGCACGUCGUUGAGGCUCCAUCCGUCGACUCUUUCAAAAGAAAGUUGGAUCAACUGAGAGACCACCAUUGCCAGGACUAACAUAGGCCAUCGAGCCUCCUGUCCUUCCCAAACUGAAACUGAAACUGAUGGUCAAUACUGCUAAUACGAUAUUUGAACUUAAAUGAGCGUUCAAACCAACCUAAAAGAUGUUGGUUGGAUGUGUCAUGUUAUUCCAUUGAGGAAAAAUAAAGUGCAACAGUUAUCUCCCCCGAUUUCGCAAAUUCCAAGUAUUGGUUUUAUGCCUGAAGAAUCCAUCCACGAGAAAAAGCAUACAAUCUAUCUCAAAUCGACUGACUCACCGUAUGUACGAUUAUCUAAAAUGGGUGGUAAGCGGGAUCUACUAUGUUUUAGAGAAAACGAAUACAAAUCUGGAGCACCCGUUCCUUAUUCUCGAUGCGAAUGGUAUUACUUGGAGGAUAAUGCUCUGGAACUUAAGCAGAAUAUCAAACCCGAAUCCACAAAAUAUGUGUUUAAAGUACCAUUCUACAUGUCAGAUAGUUCGGUACAUCAAAUAGAAAAGAGCAAGACUACAGAAACAGUUGUUGAUCCUGUACAACCUUCUGUAGUCACCAAAGAAAGUCAAAAUGUAUUUAAAACUGCUGCCACAUAAGUUCGGUUACGCAGAUUACAGCGGAAAGCUAAGAACAUUACGAAAUCGGGAAUUAUUAUUCCUUGAACAUAUCUUGUUAACUUACGAUGAUUAUUGUAGAUUAUAUAGUAAAUUUUG